CGAACCCCGGCGUCGCACCACCGCCGGUCGCGCGAAGACGCAGACCCCCCCCCCGCGGUCGCGUCCCCCGAACCCCGGGCCUCGCGAUCGCUCCGCGCGCGCGCGACGCGCGAGAUCGCGCGCAGGCGGCGAGGAAGAAUCGUCGACCGCCCGCGCCCGGCGGCUCUCGAAGCGAAGAAACAGAAAGACGCGCAGCGGCGGCGGAGCGUCGAUCGUCGCCAUGUCCGGCUUCGGCGAGGGCCCGCUCGGGACGAAGCUUCACCAGUCCGCGACCGCGGUGAAGUACCCCAAGCCGACGAGGGUGAAGAACAAGACGUCCGCGCAAGUGCAGAUCACCGCGGAACAGAUCGUGCGCGAGGCGAAGGAGCGCCAGGAGGAGACGUACAAGGCGCCGAAGCAGAAGAUCCAAGACGCGGAGGAGCUCGCGGAGUACCGCCUGAAGAAGCGCAAGGAGUUCGAGGACCUGAUCCGCCGCGUGUACUGGAACGAGGCGGUGUGGGUCAAGUACGCGAAAUGGGAGGAGUCGCAGAAGGACUUCCCGCGCGCGAGGUCGGUCUGGGAGCGCGCGCUCGAUCACAAUUACCGAUCGCACUCGCUCUGGCUGAAAUACGCGGAGAUGGAGAUGUCGCACAAGUUCGUGAACCACGCGCGGAACGUGUGGGACCGCGCGGUGAAGCUUCUCCCGCGCGUGGAUCAGUUCUGGUACAAGUACAUCCACAUGGAGGAGAUGAUGGGGCAGAUCCAAAACGCGCGGAUGAUCUUCGAGCGGUGGAUGAACUGGGAGCCCGACCACAACGGCUGGAACGCGUACAUCAAGAUGGAGACGCGCUACAAAGAGUGGGACCGCGUCCGGAAGAUUUACGAGCGCUACGUCCAGUGCCACCCGAGCGUGAAAGCGUGGGUGCGCUGGGCGAAGUUCGAGAUGUCGCAGCGCGAGGUUGCGAAAGCCAGGGAGGUGUACGAGCUGGCGGUGGAGAGCGUGGAGCGGGAGGUGGACGCGGACGCGUUGUACGUCAAGUUCGCGCAGUUCGAGGAGCUGUGCAAAGAGCCGGAGCGCGCGCGGGCGAUAUACAAGUACGCGCUGGAUAACCUCCCGAAAGAGAAAGCGCAGGCGGUGUACCAGAACUUCAUGACGUUCGAGAAGCAGUACGGGAACGAAGCCGGGAUCGACGACGCGGUGCUCGGGAAGAAACGCGUUGAGUACGAGGACGAAGUGCGGAAAGAUCCGACCAACUACGACGCGUGGUUCGAUUACACGCGGCUGGAAGAGAACGCCGGGGAGAUCGAGAAGGCGAGGGAAGUGUACGAGCGCGCGAUCGCGAACGUCCCGCCCGCGACGGCGAAGCAGUUCUGGCGCAGGUACAUCUACCUGUGGAUCAAUUACGCGUUGUUCGAAGAGCUCGAAGCCGGCGACCUCGAGCGCGCGCGCGAGGUGUACCGCGAGUGCUUGAAGCUCAUCCCGCACAAGGUUUUCAGCUUCUCGAAGAUAUGGGUCAUGGCGUCGGAGUUUGAGAUUCGCCAGAAGCGUCUAGACGCGGCGAGGAAGAUCUUAGGCCUCGCGAUCGGGUUAGCCCCGAAGGAUAAGAUCUUCAAGGUAUACAUCGACAUGGAGAUGCAGCUCGGGAACGUCGACCGGUGCCGGACGCUGUACCAGAAACACCUCGAGAUCGCGCCGCAUAACUGCUUCACGUGGGAGAAGUUCGCGGAGCUGGAGAACUCGUUGGGGGAGACCGAGCGCGCGAGGGCCAUCUUCGAGAUCGCCAUCGCGCGCCCGGUUCUGGACAUGCCGGAGGUGCUGUGGAAGGCGUACGUCGAUUUCGAGAUCGGCGAGGGCGAACGCGCGAGGGCGAGAGACCUGUACGAGCGCCUGCUCGACAGGACGCAGCACGUCAAGGUGUGGAUGUCGUACGCGCAGUUCGAGGCCGCGCCGAUGGCGAGCAAAGCGCGCGCGGUGUACGAGCGCGCGCUGCUGUCGCUCAAGGAGAUGCAGCCGGACGCGAAGGAGGAGCGCGUCAUGCUGCUGGAGGCGUGGAAGGCGUUCGAAGAGAGCGUCGGGUCGAGCGAAGAGGUGCUCGCCAAGGUGGAGAAGAAGCUGCCGCGGCGCGUGAAACGCAAGCGGCCCAUCUACACCGAGGACGGCACCCCCGCGGGGCAGGAGGAGUACUACGAUUAUAUCUUCCCGGAGGAGCAAGGCGCGGUGCCGAACUUGAAGAUCUUAGAGGCGGCGCACCGGUGGAAGAAGCAGAAGCUGGAGCAAGAGGGGGGAGAGGGAGAGUAG